AGUUACGCUUACCUCGCAAUUCUCAGACCAUUCGGAAAGUUGGCUAGACAAACUCUCGAGAGCAGCAACAAGAAAAAUAUAGCCAACAGAACAUUUGAGUGUCGUUGGAUUACAUUGAAAAUCUCUUGGGAAACAUGCAAUCUACAGUUUUUACUAUCUUGUUUGUCAAAGUAUGUUUCACUUUACAUGGAAAUACAGCAGUGUUAGCUGAACUUCCAAGUCCCAGUAACAUCAGGAUUAACUCUGUCAACAUGGGAUUAGUGUUGGAGUGGGAUGCACCUCAGAACCACGCAGAAAACAUAACCUACAGAGCAGAGUACAGGGGCUUGGUCAGCAGCUAUGAGGUUGUAUGUUGGAACACAACAGCCCAAAGCUGUGACUUCACCAGUCAUCUACACAAAUUUGGAGUGUACAUUUUCCAAGUGAGGGCAGAACGAGAGGGGGACACAUCUCGCUGGAUGAAGACUGAGCUGUUUGUCAUGGAUGAACACACCACACUAGGCCCUCCCGGUGUGACGCUCGUCUCCAGUGGGGCUGACAUUGAAGUGAGCAUCAGCGACCCGGUGCUCAGGAUCUCUGAGUUCAAAGACGUAUACAACCACGCAACAUUUAAUAUCUCCUACUGGAAAGAGGGUCAGGAGGAGAAGACCAAAACUAUGAAUAUCACCCCACUGCGUAAAGUGGUCUUGGCGCUGGAGCCAUGGACCAGGUACUGUGUUCAGGUCUGGGUGUACACCCAGAGGUUCUCCAUACACAGCCAGCCCAGCAAUGUUACGUGUGAGAGCACCGCUAAGGGCAAUGACAGGCCUUGGGUGGUAGCCCUGGUGACGUUUGUGGUGAUGGCUGUGGCAGUGGCCCUGCUGGCCCUGGGCUUCUGGUACUGCUACAGGGUGGUCCGCUUCCUCAGACCCAAGGCCAAGCUGCCUGAACAUUUCACAGAGCUGUUGUAUCCCCCAUGCUCCUCCAUCCUGGCCAUACAGAGCAGCCCCCAGCCUGAGGAGGUGUACCAUGAGCUCCUUAUCAUGCCAGGUGGGGCAUAGACAAAGGAGAGCUCUAUCUGGUGGUCGGAAGAACGUAAUACACACAGACUGGCAGACAACACAGACCGUCUGGCUGUGUUCGAGAAUAUCAAAACUGUGAAUUGAGACUGACUGACAGAUCUACAAAUAAUAUUGAGAAGUUAUUUACGAAUCAAGGUGAUUUGUUGAUCAGUCGUUCUUGACCCGCCGUUAAAGUCGGCUGCAAUGUCGAACACGUCCAAAGUGGGUGGGGAAGAUAUGGGUCAAAAAUAGGAAGUGAGUAGACCGAUGUGAAGAAAAGAGGACAAGGACUGAAAUAGAUGGCAGAAAAGAGGAUGUGUAUCUUAUUGAGAAAUAAUAAUCUGGAUUUAGUGAUUUUAUUAAUGUUGAUGAAAUGCUAAGAGAGCUACUUACUGUGAUGUGUUUAUUUAUGUGACCUUUAUGUGUAUGAUAAUGAUCAAUAUUGCCUAUCAUUCAUUAUGGCCAUGCAUGGUAAGCCUACACUGGCAUUUUUUGGGUAUCAUGGGUAUAGGGCAACACCAGGAGGGGAGUAUUACAUGUUUAUGCCUUGAUGCACUCUGUGUUUGUGCCUAUAUGUCUCUGUGUGACUCUGUAUUUGUGAAGGAUAUUUAAAGGACCAAUGCAGCAAUUUUUAUCUAAAUACCAAAUCAUUUAUGAGUAACAAUGAAAACAAUCAGAGUAAGUUACUUCAAUUAAAAUAGUUAAAAGGAAACAAAUAGCUUUUUAUCAAAGAGCAAUUUCUUAAUCAAGACAUUUGCUAGGAUUGUCUGGGAGUGCUUUAGGCAAAAACAGAAAAUUAACUGUUAUUGGCAGAGAGGUUUGGAACUCUUUCUUAUUGGUCUAUUAACUAAUUUACCACAUGGUGACGUCACCAUGGAAGACCAAAACUCCAUCCGACAUAAAAAGGCUGAAAUUUCAGAUGGUCUUUUCAAACAGCUCUUAUACUUAAAGAACAUUAUCAUAAUUUUCAUAAUUUCACAGUAUUAUUCAAACCUCAUAGUGUGGAAAUUUAAAACACAGGUAACUCACAUUUUUGACUGCAUUGGCCCUUUAACAGUUGAAGGUACUCUAUUAGCACUUGGAAGAUGUCGUUUGACAUUUGAAGUCAUGUUUUAUAGACUUUUUACCAUUUAUAUUGUGGGACACCACACACACACACAAACAAGUUAAAAAUGACUUGCCAAGGGAAUAAAUAUAUAUUUUUAAAUGCUGAUAAAUGGUUGGUGUUGCCACCUAUCAUUGGAUAUUAUCAAUGCAUGUUUACUUACAUUUACAUUACAUUUAAGUCAUUUAGCAGACGCUCUUAUCCAGAGCGACUUACAAAUUGGUGCAUUCACCUUAUGAUAUCCAGUGGAACAACCACUUUACAAUAGUGCAUCUAACUCUUUUAAGGGGGGGGGGGCGUUAGAAGGAUUACUUUAUCCUAUCCUAGGUAUUCCUUAAAGAGGUGGGGUUUCAGGUGUCUCCGGAAGGUGGUGAUUGACUCCGCUGACCUGGCGUCGUGAGGGAGUUUGUUCCACCAUUGGGGUGCCAGAGCAGCGAACAGUUUUGACUGGGCUGAGCGGGAACUGUACUUCCUCAGAGGUAGGGAGGCGAGCAGGCCAGAGGUGGAUGAACGCAGUGCCCUUGUUUGGGUGUAGGGCCUGAUCAGAGCCUGAAGGUACGGAGGUGCCGUUCCCCUCACAGCUCCGUAGGCAAGCACCAUGGUCUUGUAACGGAUGCGAGCUUCAACUGGAAGCCAGUGGAGAGAGCGGAGGAGCGGGGUGACGUGAGAGAACUUGGGAAAGUUGAACACCAGACGGGCUGCGGCGUUCUGGAUGAGAUGUAAAGGUUUAAUAGCACAGGCAGGGAGCCCAGCCAACAGCGAGUUGCAGUAAUCCAGACGGGAGAUGACAAGUGCCUGGAUUAGGACCUGCGCCGCUUCCUGCGUGAGGCAGGGUCGUACUCUGCGAAUGUUGUAGAGCAUGAACCUACAGGAACGGGUCACCGCCUUGAUGUUAGUUGAGAACGACAGGGUGUUGUCCAGGAUCACGCCAAGGUUCUUAGCACUCUGGGAGGAGGACACAAUGGAGUUGUCAACCGUGAUGGCGAGAUCAUGGAACGGGCAGUCCUUCCCCGGGAGGAAGAGCAGCUCCGUUUUGCCGAGGUUCAGCUUGAGGUGGUGAUCCGUCAUCCACACUGAUAUGUCUGCCAGACAUGCAGAGAUGCGAUUCACCACCUGGUUAUCAGAGGGGGGAAAGGAGAAGAUUAAUUGUGUGUCGUCUGCAUAGCAAUGAUAGGAGAGACCAUGUGAGGAUAUGACAGAGCCAAGUGACUUGGUGUAUAGCGAGAAUAGGAGAGGGCCUAGAACAGAGCCCUGGGGGACACCAGUGGUGAGAGCACGUGGUGCGGAGACAGAUUCUCGCCACGCCACCUGGUAGGAGCGACCUGUCAGGUAGGACGCAAUCCAAGCGUGGGCCGCGCCGGAGAUGCCCAGCUCGGAGAGGGUGGAGAGGAGGAUCUGAUGGUUCACAGUAUCAAAGGCAGCCGAUAGGUCUAGAAGGAUGAGAGCAGAGAUACUUAAAGUUGAAAUAUACUGAACAAAAAUAUAAACACAACAUGCAACAAUUUAAAGAUUUUACUGAGUUACAGUUCAUAUAUGGAAGUCAGUCAAUUUAAAUAAAUUCAUUAGGCCCUAAUCUAUGAAUUUCACAUGACUGGGCAGGGGCACAGCCAUGGGUGGGCCUGGGAGGGCAUAGGCCCACCCACUAGGGAGCCAAGUCCAGCCAAUCAGAAUUAGUUUUUCCCCACAAAAGGUCUUUAUUACGGCCAUAAAUACUCGUCAGUUUGAUCAGCUGUCCUGGUGGCUGGUCUCAGAUGAUCCCGCAGGUGAAGAAGCUGGACGUAGAGGUCCUGGGCUGGCGUGGUAUCAUGUGGUCUGUGGUUGUGAGGCCGGUUGGACGUACUGCCAAGUUCUAUAAAACGAUGUUAAUGGGAGAGAAAUGAACAUUAAAUUCUCUGGCAACAGCUCUGGUGGACAUUCCUGCAGUCAGCAUGCCAAUUGCGCAUUCCCUCAAAACUUGAGGCAUCUGUGGCAUUGUGUUGUGGGACACAAAUGCACAUUUUAGAGUGGCCUUUUAUUUUACCCAGCACAAGGUGCACCUGUGUAAUGAUCAUGCUGUUUAAUCAGCUUCUUGAUCAGGUGGAUGGAUUAUCUUGGCAAAGGACAAAUGCUCACUAACAGGGAUGUAAACAAAUUUGUGCACAAAAUUUAGAGAUUUUUUUUUUGUGUGUGUAUGGAAAAUUUCUGGGAUCUUUUAUUUCAGCUCAUGAUACAUGGGACCAACACUUUAUAUCUUGCGUUUAUAUUUUUUUCCAGUAUCUAUCUUUAUGCUUACAUCCUUAUAAUCUAAUUACAUAGGCCUACAUGUGAUCCAAAUGUCUAUCAUAAGUAAAUGAAAUAUAUUAUCUUGUGACAACAUAGCAAAUGUAUUUAUUUAGAUGUUACUGUAAUGUUGUUUCCCAUGUUAUAGCCUACAAUUUGUCUUGUCUGUAAUAUUGUUGUCACAAACAAUAUUGUCAAAUGUCUUAAGUGUGAGAAUUGAGUACAUAUUAUAGGCUACACAUGGGUUAUUGUAGGGGAUUUCUACACUGGCCAUUUUUGGAAGCUAAAUCUGUGUCUUCUAAACCGGCCCUUAAUGAGCAAGUACCCCAGAUACCAGCCGUGGGGUCAAUACCAAGUGCAUUUGACGGCUUGGCAUAUUGUUUACCCAGUAGCUUCUGUGAACUGAAAGUAUUCACACCCCUUGACUUAUUCCACAUUUUGUUGUUUUACAGCCUGAAUUCAAAUGGAUGAAAUAGAUUAUUUUCCUCACCCAUUUUUUAAAAACCUUUAUUUAACUAGGCAAAUCAGUUAAGAACAAAUUCUUAUUUACAAUGACAGCCUACCCCAGCCAAACCCGGACGACGCUAGGCCAAUUGUGCGCCGCCCUAUGGGACUCCCAAUCACGGCCGGAUGUGAUACAGCCUGGAUUUGAACCAGGGACUAUAGUGAUGCCUCUUGCACUGCAUCUUAGACCGCUGCGCCAAUACUACAUAAUGACAAAGUGAAAACAUGCUUUUAGAAAUUUUUGAAAAUGUUUUGAAAAUGAAAUACAGAAAUAUCUAAUUUACAUAAGUAUUCACAACCCUGUGUCAAUAAUUUGUAGAAGCACCUUCGGCAGCUUUUACAGCUGUGAAUAAUUAUUUUAAGUCGCUAAGAGCUUUCCACACCUGGAUUGUGCAACAUUAGGCCAUUUAUUAUUUUGUCAAAUUUGUAGGUCUUGCCAUAGAUUUUCAAGUAAAUUUAAGUCAAAACUGUAACUCGGCCACUCAGGAACUUUCACUUUCUUCUUGGUAAGCAACUCCAGUAUAGAUUUGGCCUUGUGUUUUAGGUUAUUGUCCUGCUGAAAGGUGAAGUAAUCUCCCAGUGUCUGGUGGAAAGCAGACUGAACCAGGUUUUCCUCCAGGAUUUUGCCUGUGCUUAGCUCCAUUCCUUUUUUAUCCUGAAAAACCACUAUGCUUGAAAAUAUGGGGAGUGGUUCUCAGUAAUGUGUUUUAUUGGAUUUGCCACAAACAUAACACUUUGUAUUCAGGACAAAAAGUGAAUUGCUUUGCCACAUCUUUUACAGUUUUACUUUAGUGCUUUAUUGCAAACCCAGAGUGACUUACAUGAGCAAUUAGAGGUCACUGUCUUGCUCAAUGGCACAUCAUCAGAUAUUUCACCCAGUCAGCUCGGGAUUCAAACCAGCGACCUUUCGGUUACUGUCCCAAUGUGCUUAACCGCUAGGCUAUCUGCCGCCAAAAGUGAGAAUAUUUUUAUUUGUUAGCAACCAAGCAUCGAUCAUAAUGUCACCAGAAUAAUCAGAUUUUCAUAAAACAGCAACAUGUGGUCUCUUGUUUCUGCAUCACCAAGUUUGGUCCAAUUCACACACAUAUCAAGAGAACAUCCCUGGUCAUCCCUCCUUCCUCUGAUCUGACGGACUCACUAAACAAUUGUGCCGGCUCAGCUCUGAACCGCGUAGCGCAUAAAAAUAGUCUGUCCUCAGGUUGCAACACUCACUACCGAGUUCCAAACUGCAUCUGGAAGCAACGUCAGCACAAGAACUGUUCGUCGGGAUCUUCAUAAAAUGGGUUUUCAUGGCCGAGCAGCCGCACACAAGCCUAAGAUCACCAUGUGCGAUGCCAAGCGUUGGCUAGAGUGGUGUAAAGCUCACCACUAUUGGUCACCACCAACGCCUUCUCUGGAGUGAUGAGUCACGCUUCACCAUCUGGCAGUCCGACGGACGGAUCUUGGUUUGGCAGAUGCUAGGAGAACGCUACCUGCCAGAAUGCAUCGUGCUAACUGUAAAGUUUGGUGGAGGAGGAAUAAUGGUCUGGGGCUGCUAGUUCUAGGUCCCUUAGUUCCAGUGAAGGGAAAUCUUAAAGCUACAGAUACAAUGGCAUAAUAGACAAUUAUGUGCUUCCAACUGGGUGGCAACAGUUUGGGGAAGGCCCUUUCCUGUUUCAGAAUGACAAUGCCCCUGAGCACAAAGAAAGGUCCAUACAGAAAUGGAUCGGUGUGGAAGAACUUGACUGGCCUGCACAAGGCCCUGACCUUAACUCCAUCGAACACCUUUGGGAUGAAUUGGAACGUGGACUGUGAGCCAGGGCUAAUCUCCCAACAUCAGUGCCCAACCUCACUAAUGCUCUUGUGGCUGAAUGGAAGCAAAUCCCUGCAGCAAUGUUCCAACAUCUAGUGGAAAGCCUUCCCAGAAGAGUGGAGGCUGUUAUAGCGGCGAAGGGGGGACCAACUCAAUAUUAAUGCUCAUGAUUUUGGAAUGAGAUGUUUGACAAGCAGGUGUCCACAUACCUUUGGUCAUGUAGUGUAUGUAGGCUACACUUGCCACGUUCAAAACAACUGGGAACUUGGAAAAAUACUAGGUCAAAUUAUGACGUCAGUGAUCUUCAGGUUGGAAAGUCGGAGCUCUAGAGCUCUCUUUUUUUUCUUUGAGUUCCCAGUUGUUUUGAACACGGCAACUGUCCUGCAAAAAAAUCAGACCAGUUUCAAAUUCUCGCUGAAGUUUCAAGCCACAAAUCAUAAACUAGCUAGCUGGGGAGGAGGGCUCAUUAGGACAACUGACUGAACUGAAUCCGUUCGUCCCCCCCAUAGACAUUAAAACUAGGGUCUCCACUCAACUCUCAAGAAAUAUGUCAUCCAUGUUGGGCACCAGGCGUGUCCAUAUAGCUGUUCUCAUUGUCUUCUUCGGUGGGGUUUAUCGGCAGUUGGCAUCCAAAGCUAUGGUGCAUUACCGCCACCUACUGUACUGGAGAGUGGGCCAGAGACAGGGAGAAACUAAAUAUACUCUUUAAACUAAUUUCCUGUAUCCCCUUCUCCCUCAUUAGAUCUCAGCCUCUCUUAUUUCCAUCUGAUACUGCCCACACUGUAGCAAUACAUGCUCCACGGUCUCUGUUUCCUGUCAGUAAUAACGGUUUCCUGUUGGAUGCUUUCCUAUCACAUUUAAGGACUUAUUUAAUCGGCUGAGUCCCACCCUUAAUCUUGUACAAAUAGCUCUUCUGUCCUUUCCUGCUGUCCUCCCCUCCCCGACUUUCCUCUGUACUGCCUGCCUUAGUAUCUCUAUUCCAUUGCUCCUGCCAUCUACACCAUCACUGUCCAUAUUUGACUUUUUGCCUCUGCCUUGCUCAUUGAAACUACAACAUCCCCACUACUAAGUGCUUGUUUAGCCAGUACAUCCACUGCCUCGUUCCCCUUCAUCCCCACAUGUCCUGGGACCCAAGUAAAUCUUAUCUGUAUAACCAUCAGUCUAAUCCUGCCAUGGGUUUGUAGCACCUCAUAAAGCAGGUCUUGUCUGCUACGUGAGCUGAAAGACUGUAGACUCAUCAAAACUGCUCAUGAAUCUGAGCAAAUAACUACUCUUUCUGGCUUAACUUCCUCCACCCACUGCAAGGCCAACAGAAUGGCCAUCAGCUCCGCCAUAUAUACAGCCAGAUGAUUAGUAAUAUGUUUCCUGACUUUUACCCCACAUUCCUGCACUACAAAUGCUGACCCAGUACUUCCUAUCCUUGGAUCUUUUGAACCGUCUGUGUAUAUGGCCAGAUGACUCUUAAACCAAUCAGAUGGCUCAACACCCUCCCUAUCUUUCUGUAUUCUCUCCAAUACUUCUAGAUCUACAACUGGAGGAAGGAGUAGCCAUGGUGGAUUUACAGGAAUAGCUACCGUUGGACUAAACCCCCUUCCAUACAGUCCCAUCUCCCUCGGCUGGGUAUUACCCACCCACCCAAAGCUUGUGUUCUGUCCUUUCUCAUGUUCGCAGUAUGCCUGUAAAAUAUAUUUUGCAGGAUGAGACACCCAAUGUCCCUGUAGGCUGACCCAAUAAUUAGUUGCCAGCUGCUGUCUCCUAAUCUGCAAUGGCAUAUCCCCCAUCUCCACCUGUAGUGCAGCCACUGGGGACGUCCGAAACGCCCCACUACAUAUUCUGAGACCCUAUAUGACAUCUAGCCUUUCCAAUGAGGUCGGGGCUGCCGAACCAUACGCUAUACUGCCAUAGUCUAUUACCGAUUGGAUCAAUGGAACAUAAAUGGUCCUCAAUGGGGAAUGCCCAGCCCCCCAACUCCUUCCCGUCAGACAGUGCAUCACACAGUCUUUCAAAAAAUUGGAAAUGUAUACCUUCAAUGGGCAGUUUCAAAUUCUCACUGAAACAAUUGCUAAUUAGUAGCACGUCUCAAAAGUGAGUCGUAAGAUUAUAAUAUGUGGCUGAGAAGGAAAUGCCCGGGAUAGCAUAUGGUCUGCCUUUUGAUGCCUAAUCUGUAUCAUUUUGUGAUAGUCUUGUGUGUGUAUAUAAGACAAUGAAUGCUGUAUAUAUUAGGGGUAAGUGAGACCAGGGAGACGUACCUGUCCAGAGUUGUUUAUUAGGAAAUGGAACUGUACUAAUUAUCUCAUUUUAUGAAACAAACAACUAUUGUGUCUGUCAUUGGUUGUUGCCACUGCAGUUGCCGCCUAACCUUGCUCCACCCCCUUCCCCCUCCGAAAGGACCACAAUGAAAAUAAGCUUUUAAGCUUUAUUGUGUUAAAUUAUUAAUUUGAAUUAAUCAAUCAAUCAAUUUAGCACCUUCUUACACUUUCCCACCUGUCAAUGUGUUCUGCCCAGGUCAGUCUGGUGUCAAAGUAUACCCCAAGGAACCUGAACGCCCCCACCCUCUCCAAGUUUCUCCCAUAUAACCUCAAGCGUACCUCAUCUCCCACCUUCCUCCUGGUAAAGAACACUCUGAGUUUUCUCUACAGAGAACCUGAAUCCCACAUUAAUGCCCACCGUUCUACCCCAUCAAUUGCUUCCUGUACCUUCCUGACUAUGUAUGGCACAUUUCUUCCCCUCUUCCAUAAGGCCCCAUCAUCUGCAAAUAAUGACCUUACAAUAUCCGUCCAUACCUGAGAGUAAACAUCAUUGAUCAUGAUUGAGAACAACCGAGGACGAAUCACGCUCCCCUGCGGUAUACCGUUAUCCACCAGGUAGCUGCCCACCCUCACUUGGAUAGACCUUCCGAACAAGAAAUCCUUUAUCCAGUUGUACGUUCUUCCUCCUACCUCCGUAAUAUCAAGCUUGAUUAACUCCUCCUUCCACAUCAUAUCAUAUGCCUUAUUCACAUCAAAAAAGACAGCUACAACCGUUCAACUUAGCCUUCCUGACCACUGCUUCUAAGCAGAGCACUGGGUCCAUAGUUCCCCUCCCCUUCCUGAACCAACUCGGAACUGGCCCCCUACUAGCCCCCUGCUCUCCAGGAAGUAAAUUAGCCUCUCCGUAAUUAUACGUUCCUUUAUCUUACAUACUGUUAAUAUUAAAGCUAUUGGCCGAUAGCUUGUUGGCCUCGUUGGGUCCUUCCCUGGCUUCCGGAUUGGUACCACUACUGCCUCCUUCCAGCCGCCGGGUAGUUUCCCCUCCUCCCACACUCUGUUGUACAACACCAAUACCUUAUCCAGUGCUCAUCACUAAGAUGGGCCAACAUAACAUAGCACACCUCAUCUUUCCCAGAUGAAGUUAACCCAGGCUUGCCUAUUGCCCUUUUUAUCUUUGCCAUGGUAAAUGGUGCAUUCAACGCAUCAUUUACAUCCUCCCUCCUAUCCAGAACUCCAGGGUGCUCCUCUCUCCCCUUCUGCCCCUCCUCUGACAAUUCUGCAGAGCUAUGCAUCUCUGCCUUCUCAUCUGUUAAUGCCACAUCCUUCCCACUUGUCAACACUGGAUAAUCCCACUCCCCUUCUGACCCCACUCAUCCUCUUAAUCAUCCCCCACACUACUCACACUGGUGUCACACUUCCAAUGGUGUCACAGAACCGACACCAACAUGGCCUCUUUGCCUGACGGAUAGUUCUCCUCACCAGGGCCUGGGCCUGCUUAUACUGAAUCAGAUGUUGGAAGUUAUGUGUCCUUUUCAGUACUGUAAAUGCGCUGUUCCUACUCCUCACUAUUGCCCCACACUCAUCCGUCCACCACGGGACUGCUUUCCUCUUCCUCCUCCCUGAACUCUUAGGUAUAGCCUCAGUAGCUGCCCCCGCUAAAGCUGUUCUCACCCAGUUAUUCAUACUAUCCAUAUCCCCUCUCAUAUCCACCUGAGCCAUCACCUGCUGCUCACUCAACUCCUGAAACUGAUCCCACUUUGCCCUUCCAAACACCCACCUGCCUACUCCAUCCCCUGACACCUCCUCCCUCCGGCUUACUGUGCAUACUAUGGGGAAAUGAUCACUCCCUACUAUCGACUCCUCAACUCACAGAUUUCUGCCAUCGCACUAGAUUUAUUUUUAUUUCACCUUUAUUUAACCAGGUAGGCUAGUUGAGAACAAGUUCUCAUUUACAACUGCGACCUGGCCAAGUUAAAGCAAAGCAGUGUGCCACAGACAGCAACACAGAGUUACACAUGGAAUAAACAAUAAACAAGCCAAUAACACAAUAAACAAGUCAAUGACACAGUAGAAAAAAAGAAAGUCUAUAUACAGUGUGUGCAAAAGGCAUGAGUAGGCAAUAAAUAGGCCAUAGUAGCGAAGAAUUACAAUUAAGCAGAUUAACACUGGAGUGAUAAAUGAGCAGCUGCAGCGAUCAGUUAGCUGCUCAGAUAGCUGAUGUUUAAAGUCUCCAGCUUCAGCGAUUUUUGCAAUUCUUUCCACUCACUGGCAGCAGAGAACUGGAAGGAAAGGCAGCCAAAUGAGGUGUUGGCUUUAGGGAUGAUCAGUGAGAUAUAGCUGCUAGAACGUGUGCUACGGGUGGGUGUUGUUAUCGUGACCAGUGAACUGAGAUAAGGCGGAGCUUUACCUAGCAUAGACUUAUAGAUGAUCUCGAGCCAGUGUGUCUGGCGACGAAUAUGUAGCGAGGGCCAGCCGACUAGAGCAUACAGGUCGCAGUGGUGGGUGGUAUAAGGUGAUUUGGUAACGAAACGGAUGGCACUGUGAUAGACUGCAUCCAGUUUGCUGAGUAGAGUAUUGGAAGCUAUUUUGUAGAUGACAUCGCCAAAGUCAAGGAUCAGUAGGAUAGUCAGUUUUACUAGGGUAAGUUUUGCGGCGUGAGUGAAGGAGGCUUUGCUGCAAAAUAGAAAGCCGAAUCUAGAUUUGAUUUUGGAUUGGGGAUGUUUAAUAUGAGUCUGGAAGGAGAGUUUACAGUCUAGCCAGACACCUAGCUAUUUAUAGUUGUCCACAUAUUCUAGGUCAGAACCGUCCAGGGUGGUGAUGCUAGUCGGGCGGGCGGGUGCGGGCAGCGAACGGUUGAAAGCAUGCAUUUGGUUUUACUAGCAUUUAAGAGCAGUUUGAGGCCACGGAAGGAGUAUGGCAUUGAAGCUUGUUUGGAGGUUAGUUAGCACAGUGUCCAAGGAAGGGCCAGAUGUAUACAGAAUGGUGUCGUCUGCGUAGAGGUGGAUCAGGGAAUCGCCCGCAGCAAGAGCGACAUCAUUGAUAUAUACAGAGAAAAGAGUCGGCCCAAGAAUUGAACCCUGUGGCACCCCCAUAGAGACUGCCAGAGGUCCGGACAACAUGCCCUCCGAUUUGACACACUGAACUCUGUCUGCAAAGUAGUUUGUGAACCAGCUGAGGCAGUCAUUAGAGAAACCAAGGCUAUUGAGUCUGCCAAUAAGAAUACGGUGAUUGACAGAGUCGAAAACCUUGGCCAGGUCGAUGAAGAUGGCUGCAUAGUACUAUCUUUUAUCGAUGGCGGUUAUGAUAUCGUUUAGUACCUUGAGCGUGGCGGAGGUGCACCCGUGACCGGCUCGGAAACCGGAUUGCACAGCGGAGAAGGUACUGUGGGAUUCUAAAUGCUCAGUGAUCUGUUUAUUAACUUGGCUUUCGAAGACUUUAGAUAGGCAGGGCAGGAUGGAUAUAGGUCUGUAACAGUUUGGGUCUAGAGUGUCACCCCCUUUGAAGAGGGGGAUGACCGCGGCAGCUUUCCAAUCUUUAGGGAUCUCGGACGAUACGAAAGAGAGGUUGAACAGGCUGGUAAUAGGGGUUGCAACAAUGGCAGCGGAUAGUUUUAGAAAGAGAGGGUCCAGAUUGUCUAGCCCAGCUGAUUUGUACAGGUCCAGGUUUUGCAGCUCUUUCAGAACAUCUGCUGGAUUUGGGUGAAGGAGAAGCUGGGGAGGCUCGGGCGAGUAGCUGUGGGGGAGGCGGAGCUGUUGGACGGCGUUAGAGUAGCCAGGAGGAAGGCAUGGCCAGCCGUAGAGAAAUGCUUAUUGAAAUUUACGAUUAUCAUGGAUACCAGAGUGAGGUCCAAGGCAGACUCUUCCCUUGUCUACAUCAAUCCUGGUCUCUCUGCCAUCAUUCAGGCCCACCAGAUCGUUCAUUUCUAUCAGAUUUUCCACCACUUGCCAAUUUCCAUCCAUUAAUCCCCCCCAUUGUCUAUCUAGGCAUUCCUAACUGGUAUUCUGCCCGCAGCACGAACAAUGACAUCAAGUUCAUAUGGGAAUGACGAAACCUUUAAAAUAAAAGCCAGCAUUUCAAAACA